AUGUAUGCUCCUCGUGCAAAAUUUGAGCGUAUCUAUAUUGUUUCACCAAUAAAAGUAGCAAUUAUAUUUUUAACAAUGCUUCAUUGUCUUUUUAUCUUAAUUGCUGUAUUAACAUCAUUUUGGAUUAAAACAAAAUAUGGUCAUUAUGGACCAUUAUAUAGUUGUAUAAAACGUAUUGAUUGGAAAAAAUCUUCAACAUAUCCUAUUACAACAGAAUGCAGUCUUAAUCAAUAUCUUUAUGAUAAUAAUCUAUUAUGGAUGCCUAUAACAGCCUUAUUAAUAAUUCUUUCAUUUAUAAUUGCUUUUAUUUCAAUGAUAAUAGCAAGUUUAUCAUUUAUUAAAACUUCAUUUACAGCUCGUCGUCGAUAUUGGUUAUGUACAAUUAUAUUAUUAUUAUUCGUUUUUUUACUUGAUUGUUUUGUAAUUAUAUUAAUUCCAUUGAGUCAUUAUCAUCAUGUUUAUUAUCUUCAAUGGGCAUAUGGUGUACAUUGUGGUGCAACUUUAUUUAUUUCAGUAUCGUUAAUAACAGCUAUUCUUACACACAAUACAGAUGAUAUUCAAUAUGUUGAAGCAAUAGAUGAGUCGUCAAUUGAUAAAUAA